ACACUAAAAUAAAAACAAAUAAAGCCUAAAAGCAAUAGAGCCUUGGACGAAUGCAAAAACUGAGCCAAACUAAAAGCAAAAGCCAGACAGUGUACAAGAGCUUAUGAAUUAAAUAUGAUAUGUCAGGAGGAAUUACCCACCACUCUUUGAAAGAGGGUCGUGAUGUCCAGACUGGCUGUAGUGUUCGGGGGUUCGCGUGGCAUUGGGCGAGCAGUUUCUCAGCUGUUAGCACAGAGGGGUCAUAGGGUUGUGGUAUUGUCUAGGAACAAGGAGGCUGCACAGGUUACAGCUGGAUCUCUCCCUGGAGAAAAACAUUUGGGUCUAAGCUGUGAUGUCUCUAAAGAAGAAGACGUUCAGAAAGCAUUUGAGACCAUCAGUAAGACCUGUGGCACUGUGGGAUACCUGGUUAACGCAGCUGGCAUCAACAGAGAUGCAUUGUUAUUGAGGAGUAAAUCUGAAGACAUGCUGUCUGUUCUUCACACCAACCUGCUGGGCUCAAUGCUGACGUGCAGAGGUGCUCUACGGAGCAUGCUCAGUCACGGAGGAGCUAUGGUCAACAUAGGCUCUGUGGUGGGUGUGAAGGGUAACUCUGGUCAGUGUGUGUACAGUGCCAGUAAAGCCGGACUGGAAGGAUUCACACGCUCACUGGCGAAGGAAGUUGCUACCCGGAAUAUACGAGUGAACUUGGUGGCUCCAGGAUUCAUUCAGACGGACAUGACGGCAGGGCUGGAGAAGGAAGAUGUGGUGAGAAGAAUUCCACUGGGCCGUUUUGGGGAACCUGCAGAGGUGGCCCACGCGGUCCUUUUCCUCCUGGAGUCUCCUUAUAUCACAGGACAGCUUCUGCUCGUGGAUGGAGGACUACAGCUGGUAUUGUGAUGAUUUCUGCCAGCAAAGCAUACGAGCCAAUUGCAUAUUUUUGUUGUGCUGAUGAUGUACAAUAUCUGCAUCAAAUCUUGAUAUUGUUAAUCACCUCCUCAUCGCUCUGUGUCAUCGGAGUCACACAUAUAUCAUUGUGUAAGAGCAGUUUUGGCCCAUCUGGAUUGAAUUAAGGUUAUUUUUAGUUCACUGGAGUUUUUGGGUUAUGGCUCAUGUUCCAAUACUUGGGAUGACAGAGGUCACAGGUCAACAUGUGGAGGAUAUGACUCACUUUGUGAUGUCAUUUCAGCAUUUAAAUAAGCUGUGUGCAACAUUACACUUACAGAACCCCGAACUCAUGUAAAAUAAUUUAUUAAAAUUAAAAUGUAUUAAAUCCUGGCCUUUUCACCAUCAUAAAAAUACAGAUUACCAAGAAAACCAAGUCAGCUUUGAGAGAUGUUUUUGCCAAGAGCAACUGGACUCAACCCAGACUCAAUUUCAGAGACGUUUAUUUAUUGUACUAUUCAUAAACCAAAAGAGAAUAAGGAGAACAGUCCGUAUACAGGCACAGGUUGGCUUGGAAAACAGAAAAUAUUGCAAAGUAAGAACCUCCUAAAAUAUGUCUAUUUGUAGGAUAAACAGCUGUGCAAGAAAAAAAACAUAUGCAGAUCACAGGCUUAUAUGUGUAUAUUGUUAUGCUAUAUUGUUUUGUAUAUAUAUAUAUAUAUAUGUUGCAAAUGUGUGCAAGAUGACGGCUAAAUUAUUUGAACUGAGUAUCUGAUACUCCACUGAUCAAAGCUAAUAUCAUUACGAAUGCGUUACGAAAUAUGUUUGCUUAAAGUUGCUUAAAAAGCCAAUGAAAUAGAAUUGAUAAAAACAGUAUCACAUUUUUGCAUGUUUCUGUAAUUCCAAACCUGAAAACUGAAGCCUACCUGUCAAAGCAUUACCAUCUUUCCAUGCACCAUCAUCAUUAAAAUCAAUAAUACUCGUAUAAAUCCCUCCUUCUUCCCCAUCAGCCCAUCCUCCACAAACGUGCACGCGCCAAUUCUGUUUCCUGUACUUCCAUCAUAGUCAUUCCUCAUUACUCUCGCUUCCAUGGAAACACAAACUGUCCAAACCUGUCAGUCAGCCAAAACUUACAAAAAUCUCAUCACUCAUGUUAAUGACAUAUCAGUCUCCGCU